AAUGCGCUGCACAGGAGCCACCGACGGUGCCCGUGUGUGCCUGUGAUCCCUGCGUCCGCCGCUCGGCUGGAUGUUUCCGCAGAGGACACCUGCCUCCGCCGGUGACUGCCCGCACUCCGGCGCUCUCCCGCUGUCGUCUCUCAUCUCUUAACUUUUGCUGCGUGUUUUUCCUCGUCGGUGGCACCUGUUCCGCGGCUAUGGUUCUAUCGGACUGAACGCACACUGUGGAACCAGGAUUUUUCUCUAUCAUUUCCAACUCGGAGCUUGAUGACACGUAUGACUGCUGCAGGUGAGUCACCCGCCGCGUGAGAGGCGCGAAGAGGCUCCGCGUACUGGCUCUCAAGGUGCCGGCGAGAGAGAAAAGGCGACACGAGAGGAAGUCGUGAUCUGUGCGGCGGAUUGCGCUACGGAGGACACGGGGAACGGACCGAUGAGACACCAUGGGUCCAUUGCUGUGUGAUGGACGACUGACACACCUCCUCUUUCCUCUGCUCCUCCUCUUGCGGGCUCCCCUGUUAUUCAGUUUUGGUGAGCGCACCUGCCCCAAUAGCUGCCGAUGUGAAGGAAAAACUGUCCAUUGUGAUCAGUCUGGAUUUUUAGAUGUCCCAGAAAACAUCUCAAUCGGCUGCCAGGGCCUCUCCCUUCGCUAUAAUGAACUGCACACGCUGUUGCCCUAUCAGUUUGCUCAUCUCAGCCAGCUUCUGUGGAUAUACCUAGACCACAAUCAGAUUUCAGCGGUUGACAGUCGAGCAUUUCAGGGGGUCCGUAGGUUGAAAGAGCUAAUACUGAGCUCCAACAGGAUCACAUCCCUACACAAUUCAACAUUCCAUGGAAUUCCCAAUCUUCGCAGUCUGGACUUGUCCUACAACAAAUUGGAAAUCCUGCAGCCAGGUCAAUUCCAUGGCUUACGAAAACUACAAAACCUUCACCUACGCUCAAAUGGUCUCUCCAAUAUCCCCAUUCGAGCUUUCCUGGAGUGCAGGAGUUUGGAGUUUCUGGACCUAGGCUACAAUCGAAUCAAGGCUCUUACCCGUACCACCUUUCUGGGGCUACAGAAGCUGAUGGAGUUACAUCUGGAGCACAACCAGUUCUCACGAAUCAACUUUUUUCUGUUUCCACGCUUGGCCAAUCUGAGAUCACUCUAUCUGCAGUGGAAUCGCAUUCGGGUGGUCAACCAGGGCCUUCCAUGGACUUGGUAUACGCUACAAAAACUUGACCUGUCUGGAAAUGAAAUCCAGGCACUGGACCCUGCUGUCUUUCACUGCUUGCCCAAUCUUCAAGUCCUAAACCUGGAAUCCAACAAGCUGUCCAAUGUGUCUCAGGAGGCAGUGUCAGCCUGGCUUUCACUGACCACCAUAAGCCUUGCUGGCAACAUGUGGGAUUGUGGAACUGGAAUUUGCCCACUCGUAGCUUGGUUGAGGAAUUUCCGGGGCAGCAAAGACACCACUAUGAUAUGCAGCAGUCCAAAAUAUCUCCAGGGAGAAAAAAUCAUGGAAGCCACUAGGAACCAUGGUAUUUGUGAGGAAACUGAUUACAUUCUGACUGAAACACCCUCACCAACGUCUGAGCUAAUUUCCGAAGCCACUGCUGAACCAACAUUUGCCCCCACUAGCAACUCUCCACCUUUGCCACCAACCAACACCUAUGGUUCUCUCACACCCGUAAGACCUCGACUGAUAUCUUACCCUACCUUGCCGGGGCAUAUGAGCAAAGAUCCGAGAGACUCAGUGGUUCGCACUCGGCCCACUCACACACCACCCCCAGAGAUGGAGCACAUGACUCUGCACAAAGUGGUGGUCGGCAGCGUGGCACUCUUCUUCACCAUGUCCCUAAUCUUGACAAUUAUCUAUGUGUUGUGGCGGCGCUACCCAGGUGCUACCAGGUUGCUGCAGCAGCGUUCCAUGGUGGGACGGAAGCGUCGCAAAAAGAGUCCAGAGCCAGAGCAGAACCUUAGCUCCCAGCUCCAAGAGUAUUACAUGAGCUACAACCCUGCAGCCACACCAGAAUUGGAAGUGCUAGGCAAUGGCACUGGUUCCUGCACUUGCACAAUCUCUGGCUCCAGGGAGUGUGAGGCUCCAAUUUAUCCCCUUCCUCAAGGAUUCAGACUGAUCCACUGAAGGAUCAAAUAAAUGUAACAACAGAAUGAGUACACCUGUCCACGCCCCCUACCUGGUGCCUGGCUCGGAGACGUGCCUACCAUCCAUUAACCCUUGAUAGGAACUGCUCUGGGUGGAUGCAGCAAGCCAAGUGAAACUGAGACGUGCGCAGGGAAGCUGUCAGGAUCCAUAAUUCACAUCCAAGGAUACAACCGUUCCACGCUAACACGAGCAAACCGCGGACCAAAGCAAGGAGGAGAUAAUACUGUGUUUUUCUUAACAUUUUAUAAUGUCUGUUCGUUGGUGGUCCCUGGUCAUCGGCUUUCGCUGCACCCAGUCAUGCUUUAUCACCACACACUGACACUGAUGACUGCGCUACUGACGCUGAUGGUUGUGGACGUGCAGUCCUGCUGUAUGCUGACCAGCAGAGCCUUGGAAGGGGAGUCAUGGAUGGUAAUCACCUAAAUGGGAGCCCAUUGUAUAGACUGUAAACCUUAUUGUCUCCACGAGGACAAUGGGGCAUUGUACAAAUUCAAGAGGCUUUAAAAAAAAAAAUAUAUAUAUAUAUAUAUAUAUAUAAACUGAGCAAUGGACCAUUAACAAAACUGCACUGUAGCUUGGACUGCUCUGCUAACACGGCUGUGUAUAUUUUAAAGUGGGUUUGCAUAUUUUGAUUUCAUUCUGUCACCUCCCGGUAACCUUUUUUUUUUUCUUUUUUUUAAUCAAAACAAAAAACAUAACACCGAAGGCUAUGAUGGUUGUCAGCGUGCAUCACUGGAGCAGAAAAAUGACAAGAUGAGUCACUGAGUUUCUCUCAGUGACUUGGCUUCACCUGGCGGAAACAAAGUACACAGCUGGAAUAUUGUUCGAAGCUUGUGUGCAUCGUUGCCAGAGGAAGGGCAGCGGUGAAGCCGUUGUUGCUGUUUGAUUUAAGUUUGUUUCUUUUUUUUCCGAAGAAAAAAAAAAGUUUGUUAAGUUGUUGCUAAUUGCAAUCAAACCUUGACCACCUGGAUUGAUUUGGAGGACAGGAAGAGCAAUCAGACACAAAAGAGUGAAAAAAAGAAGAAAACAAUCUAACUACCAAGGGUAAAAUGUAAUUUUCUGGAUCUAUAAUGUUGUUAAUGUUGUACUUUAUAAAUAUGUGUUUCUGCCAUUUUUAACGCCAAAUACCAAACAGCCAAAUGGAUCUUUCUUUCUGCAAUUUUUUUUUUUUUUUUUGGCUUUUGGCUCUCCCGAACGUGGGUUGUAUCAGAUUUGUUCCUUUCAAUGAAAUCCACGAAUAAUCAGAAGAAGCCUCAACUCUAACACGUCCAGCAGUGCCCCCACCCCCACCCCACCCCAUGUGUGUAACGUGUGCGUCUUUGUGAACAAAAUGACCUUGCGGGGACAGUCUUCGUUAAGGGAGACCUCGUCUGGAAGAUGACUGAGCACUGCUUUACAUUGUUGUACGCCUUUUGUUGAAUACAUGCUUCACUUUCCUAAUAAUAAUAAUAAUAAUAAUAAUAAUAAUAAUCAGCCCCAUGUCGCUCCCUUCAACGAGGCUGCAGGUGUUGCUGUGCGCGGUUCUGCGUGUGCUUCAUUCCUUUUCUGUUCUUAAUUAUCGUUGAGACACUCUGAAUUGUGGAUCGUUUGUUGGAACCUUUAAACGUAAUCUUUCUACACUGGAAAAUGACAAUUUUCUAUUGUAAAUUUCUGCCACCCCUCCCUCUUGAAUUUGUUGAUAUUAAGUAAGCAGUUGUACUCUUUGUUCACUUUCAACAGUAUGUUUUAUAAUGAAAAAUAACGACUUCAUUGGUGAGCAAUAUGAAUUGGUCAGAUUAAACUAUCCAUUAAUCAUU